GCUUGUGACAGCUCUGUAUUCCAGUCUGAGCGCAGAUCGGCUGAGAAAACGGGACUAAAACCAAACAAACAUAGAAGAGAAAACAGAAGAAGAAGAAAACUUCGAGAAUGAAAGCAAUAAGCCCCGUUCGGUCCUUCCGGAAAAACGCCGUGAAUUUAACGGAGCACUCGUUGGGAAUCUCGCGGAGCAAGACCCCGGUGGACGACCCGCUCAGCCUGCUGUACAACAUGAACGACUGCUACUCCAAGCUGAAGGAGCUGGUGCCGAGCAUCCCGCAGAACAAGAACGUCAGCAAGAUGGAAAUCCUGCAGCAUGUCAUCGACUACAUCCUGGACCUGCAGAUCGCGCUGGACUCCAGCGUCGCACUGAGCAGCCUGCAUCACCCCGCGCGGCCGGGGCAGACCGGCGCAUCCAGGCCCCCCCUGACCACCCUCAACACAGACAUCAGCAUCUUGUCAUUACAGUCCCCGGAGUUGCCAUCAGAGCUGAUGACAGAUGACAGCCGGACUCUGCAUCGUUAAGGCGGUGUUUGGUCAAGACGCAAAAAAAAAAAAAAAAGAAAAAAAGAAAAAAAAACCCACACCAGGACCUGAGGAGCAACCCAUCCAACACCAUCCAACUGCAGUUCCUCAGGCCUGGAUGUUUUUUUUCUUUUCAUUAUCCCCCCUGAAAUCAAGACUCUUACUUCAAAAAGAAAAGAAAAAAAAGGACAAUCUCCUGUGAUGUGACACUUUCAUUAUUAUUUAACUUAAGACUUUUUUUUUUUAUUUGUGGGUCCUUUCUGGAAAUGGAAGGAAGGCGCGAUAUGUUCCCGACAACGGGAGGAAAAAAGGGGGGAAAGAGGAAGAAAGAAGGGGGGGGGGGGAUUGUCACAAGGAUUACCACCUCCCCUCUUCUUCCUCACCUCCCCGUGACCCCCCCCCCCUCCCUCCUUUCUCUCCUUGUUGAUCUCUUCGCUUUUUCUGCGGAGGUGGGAACUUGUACAGAAACAAGCAGUUUGGUUAGUUACUGUUCAAAGAAAAAAAUGUUUAAAGUUUAGUCUUGUCUUGUCAGAAAUGUUGGCACACGAAGGACUGGACAAUGUUUAAGAAAAAACAAAAAACUUGAUUUAAAAAAAAAGAGAAAAAUCUUGUGAACUCUCACCAGGAGUUGUAUAGUUGCAGGAAUUUGAAACUUCUGCAAAAGUGUAUUGCUGUACUUAAUUAUGCUGAAACUUUUUAUAAAAGUAAUGUAAAUUGUACCUUUUUUUAAAUAUAAAAAAUAAAUCAAAGUGCAACUUGA